AUGGCGCUCAAUGAUCAUGGUGCAGCCACGUCACCUCCGGAACGCAUUUUGUCUCUAUUGGGUCUCGACAAAUCGUCGGUAGCAGAUGAUCUACGAGUUCUGGUAAGCAGUCGCUUUCGACCCCCACAACAAGCGCAACUAGUCGACAUCCUUAGCGCAAUGCAGUCAACACCAGCCCUUUCCAGCGUGACUACAUGGUUCUCGCACCAAUUCGACCCCACAGACGACGUGGAACAUUAUUUACAAGAUCUCAUCCGCAUGCACCACUAUAUCGCAGCACACGAUCGUCAACGCCCCCUACGCAGCAGACAUCUCGAGAGCCUCGAGUCUAGUGACAACGCAGUAACGAGCCAUCUCAUACAUUUUUACGCCUCAUUUGCAGACAGUAAAGAUCGUCAUCUCCUCACAAAAAUCUACCAGACUCUUGGGCUAUCGAGAGCCAUCUCGUACUGCGUCGUGGCCAAGACGAUGCCUUUCAAAGUCCAGAAAGAAUUCCUCGAUUUGUUCGCUGAGGAUCUACCGGAGCUUCGUGAGUGGAUCAAUUGGUUGGAUGAAUUAGAGCACGCAGCAGUUGGUAAAGAGGGCGGCGUAGCUGAGGUCUACGGACCAGGCUACGAAAGCGCCGUAAAUUUUGUGAGUAGAGCGAUCAAAGAGCACUGUAUCCUCACGUGGCUUGCGCUACUACGUCCACUGGAUACAGCGAAGCGACUUGCGCUUAUCGACGCUAUCCACAAACUUCUCGCAGCGUCAAAUAACAGUGGAUUCUUGUCCACAACAACCAGCACGUUAAAGAAACUGGGUCGAUUCUACGAAACCACAGGCGUAUCUGCAGUUAAACUACUGGAUUUGGACGUCGCUGUGCGUCAUGAGCUCUCUUUACUACUAGAAGAAUUCCCGACUAUUAUUCUUAUCACUCUUUUUACCAAAUUCAACAACGAAAAGAUGAUCCACUUGGUAGUCAAACGUGGACUGCCGUUCUUUCCGAAAAAUGACUUAGUAAAAAUGCUGGACGCUCUCGCUCCCGCCGAGACUACCGCCAUCGAAGUGUUCGUGACCACUUUGUUCAAUUUUGGACGUCAGAAAGUUGACUUUCUACUGCUUUUUCUGACUUUUUCGCCUCAAAGCCAACUCCGAUUUCUCGAUCUCAUGGUCGCAACAUCGAAUUCUCCUUUAAACGCCGAUACCUCAGGCCACGAAGAAGAUCCCGAGGACGCAUUCGCGAUUCAAGAUCUUCUCACAGGAAACAAUUUUCUGUUAAAAUUCUUCCUUUACGCUGGUCUGAAAUCUCCAGAUCUAGUGAUUCAAAAACUAUCGACUUUACCUACCGAGAUGGUUCACCAAAUGAUGUACACUAUUGUAGUCCACUCUGCAGAAGACUUAGUGGUACUGGGUCGGGGGCUAGAGACUAUAGAGCUGCCAUGUUUGCAGCCUUUUCUGCGCUUAUUCCUCGCCAUUCCACUCGAUUGGAGAGAAGUUCUAGUCAAGCUAGUUGAAGACAUGCCGGGCGAGGAAACGCAGCCUCUUUACGACACUAUACUGCACCUGCAAGCCACUUGUCAAGACAAAGUCACAACUGUUCUUCAAAUGCUUGGAGCUCUCGAUAAGAAGGGCAAGACGAUACUUUGUCGAGAUAUCCUCAACCAUCCCGACGUGCCUUCGUCCAUCGAAAUCCACGCUAAAGUUCUGCUUUAUCUUUGUGAAUGUGACCUCGCACGUCGUAAAGUUCUUCGUCUUCUUCGUGCCAUCCCAUUCACUAAAUACGAUUGUCUUCUCUACUUCCUGCGUACCCAGCGAAUGCCCGAGCAAGUAGCUUUAACGCGUCUAAUGUUGAGUAUGCCAAGCGAUGCCAACUGUCGAUUAUUGGCGAAGAUGUCUGCGUGGCCAUUAGAAGCACUCGAUGCUUUCUUCCAGCUGCUGCUGAUGCUUGCCAAAGUGGAGUACAAAAUGUUCGCCAAGUUGAUGGGAUCGCAAUACGUUACUGACGAGCAGCUACAGGUUUUUAUCACGGUAGCUGUGGAUAUGAUGAACCAGGCUUCUAGUCGAGAACUCGUCAUCUUUGCUGCUGAGCUGCCAGUUCAUAUUCGAGAUCUUUUCUUUGAGAUGCUCACUGAUCGUCCGGAGAAGGGAGUUCUGCUUCGUAUCAUCGGCUAUUCCACUCGAAUGCCACCUGAACUGAUGCACAUUCUCGUCGCGUUAUUCCAUCGAAUGUCGUGGGAGAUUCGCUCGUUUUUCAUCGAGCAGCUUCGAGUAUUGGAAGGAUUUAACGACGUAGAAAACCUGGCUGAAGUAGCGUCCAGUCUCCAAGAUAAUGAGGCGUUGAAGCUGCUGGUUUUGUUGUUGAACCCGCUCCAAUUCCAGAUUCGAGUGAGUCUUAUAGCGCUCUUCCUGCAGCUCAGUGUCCAUGAACGAGCACUGCUUCUUGCUAGGCUUGUGAAGAUGCCUAAGAGCUCGGUGGGCUCCUUCUGUACGGCGAUCUGUAGCUCAAGUUGCGAGCCUGUGAGUGCUUCAUUCUGUCGCGUUAUUGGCCUGGUUGAUCCAAAAUAUCACACGUCUCUGCUUCGCUUACUAGCAAGCGAGCCAUUGUGGUUCUUCUUGCGUCUAAUGGCCGAGCAUUGCGACGUUGAAAACAGUCUACAACAGACCACGGAGCUGCUGAAUCAAGUCGCAAAGACCGUGUGUUUAUUCUCUCUGGACGAUCAUUUAUUACUGCUGCGAGACGUGAUCCGAGCAGCACUUGGAGACGCAAUGCCGCUGAGUGAUGUAGUUGCUGUGCUUGCAUUAUUUUCUGAAGUAUCGAAGCUUCUUGAGUUCCUCCGAUAUGUCAUCGGGUUUGCCAAGAGCGCACGUACCAGCUUGAUAUUCCGCGUUCUUUCAAAGUACCAACAACCAGCUUUUAUCUUCGAAAUGUGUCGUAUUCUGGACUUGGACGACGCAGUAUUUGCCUUGAAGCGACUGGAUCGAAUGUACCAACGACGACAUGAAGAACUGGACAAAGCGAUGGAGUCUCUAUCCCGACUAUUUGCUGGAGGUAAUGUUCAAGUUAAGGACGACUUCUGUGACCUCAUCGUGGGGUUUAGAGGUCUUUCAGCAGCGGUCGAUGAGGAAGCCAACGGAUCUGAUCGUAUAGUAAUACCACGCGCUACGGAGAGUAUUCCACAUGACGAAGAAACAAGUGACGAGGACGAAGACGAAGACGACCCUGAUCGUCCGCUUAGAUUACCCAGUACGACACCACCGUCACACCAACCUGUCGCGCUUAAUCGUCAUCUGCAACGAACCAGACCGGGUCAAGCGUUCCCCCGAAAGCGAACCGAUAGAAAAGCAUGGUGGCAGGACCUGGAUGACACGUCCUUCCUGUUGCUCCCAAGUGAUCGACACAGUGAAGCUUCACUCAAACGCCAGGAACAGCAAGAAUCUCCACCAAAAAAUCUUCCAUCCGUCUUCGCUCUAACCGAACAACCUCACUCCGUUCGCCUAAAUGAGGACACUAAGCCACUAGAUCUGGACGAUACAACUACCUCACUGGAAGCACUCCCACAAAUCAACGUACCCCCGCCAAUUAAUACGUGGCAACCUCAAGCUGGUCAACACAGCAAUAUCUCCCUCAAUAGAUCCGAAUCUGCGUCAACUACGCUGUCCUAUGAGAAUGACACUCAAUGGAGCAAGCAAAAACGAUCGCGUGGUGUGGCAGCAGCUCUUAACAGUCCUCCGGAGUUCCACGUUGGUCGAGACAAAGGCGCCGAUUUCCUCCAAAAGCAACGCAAUCGUGUAUUCCAAGAGAAAGGGGCGUCACGCAUCCGACACGCCAAGACUUUAAUCGCUCAAGACCACGUCAUGGAGGUUCGAGUGUGUCGAGCAUUAGGCAAGCGUGUUCCGAUUCUGCAGACGACCUUGUCGCCUCUCUCUCGGCCUGAUCCACAUACGGUAGAAAGCGCCGUUAACAUGCUAGCGAAGGCUGCUCAACUUCGCGAAUCCAGUCCACAAGGCUUCGUCACUGAAGCUCCAAUGCACAGCCCAAUACCAGCGAAGCAUCACACGCGUAUACUACCAACCAGCCCGACAAUUCCAGCGAAUCCAAGCGCCAAACCGGAGACGGAGCUUAGCUGCGAGCCUGUUGCUCCGUGGUGA